AUAUUUCUUAUCCCGUUUUUAUCUCGAGUUUUAUCUUACGCUUGUCAUACUUUAUCGAGGAGAGCCCGAGGAAAAUGAAUCGUCAUCCAAAUACUGACUAUAAAAAUCGCAAUGAGCCGCAAGUUGAAUUGGAAAGCCAAUUUAUUUUGCGGUUACCACCGGAACCUGCUAGAAUAUUGAGAGAAGCAUUACGUAGCAGUUUACCCUUGAAAGACAGAUUGACUAUUAAAUUGGAAAAUGAUAUGCGUUACGGUGAGGUUAGGCUUGAUCAUUGGUUACUCCAUGCCAAGGUUGUGGACCUGCCGACAAUAGUGGAAUCUUUAAAAACUAUUGAUAAUAAAAGCUUCUACAAGACUGCUGAUAUAUGCCAGAUGGUAAUAUGUAAAGAAGAAGAUGAUCACACUGCCACAGAUGAAGAAUCUCCUGUUAAGCAAAAGAAAAAAGAUCCGAAUAAAGUUGAUAAAAAGUUUCUUUGGCCACAUGGUAUAACACCGCCUACAAAAAAUGUAAGACGUAGGAGGUUUAGAAAAACCUUGAAAAAGAAGUACGUUGAAGCGCCAGAAAUCGAGAAGGAAGUUAAACGUUUAUUGCGAGUGGACAAUGAUGCAGUCAAUGUUAAAUGGGAAGUGAUAUGUGAGGAUGAGGAUACAUCGAAACCCAGUAAAGUAUCAUCAUCUGGUACGGUUAAGACCAAACGGGAAAGUAUAAAUGGGAACACAUCUCAAAGUCUGGAUGUUGCUGAACACGACAUAUUCGGCGAGCCCGUAAGCGACAGUGAAGAUGAUGACGAAGAAGCAAAUAUAAACGUGAUGGAAUUAGAUGAGAAUAGUCGUCUUUCUGGAGACAGUAGAGUCUCAGACUCGAAUUCUAUGCAAGCUGCUUAUUCAGAAAGAUCGAGUAACAACGCUACAACAAGCAGCGGGUUAGUUACCGAGUUCAGUAAAGAUAUGUUCCACAAUGAUAACAAUGGCGAUACGGAAACUGAGAAACAGCCAGACGAAGCCACUCCGUCGAAGAUUGUGAAAUUAGACCAGUUUCAUUCGGAAUAUAUAAUUCCAGAAAAUUACACCGAAUCACCCACAUCAGUAUCCGCAUCUAAGGAUUCGCGCCUCGCUACUCUUCAUGCGGAAUUAGCAGAAUUACGGCAAAGAAGACAGCAACAGGAGAUUGAAAUAGCUAACAUUGAAAACGUCAAACUGAGACAACGGUUUCAGGAGAUUUUGGAUAAUUUGUUGACCCAAGAAAUGCAAAAAGUACAAGAGAUACAAGAUCUAGAAAUGGAAUAGAAAGCAUAGUUUCAUACAUACAUUACUGUUAUCAUAUAUGUAAAAAUUAGUUAUAUAAAAUACAAAUUUUGUUUUUUAUAUAAAUAAUUUUUAUAUUAAAUAUUAUAUAAUAUAAUUCAUAUAAUAUAUAAAUAUAUACAUUGUACAAAAUCAAAAUAUAAAUUAUAAGUUUUUUAAGUAAUAUGCUUUUUUAAUAUUAGAGCUAAUAGGAAAAAACAUUUUUGUUUACUCCUGAUUCCUAUUAACAAAACAUUUUGUAGUAUACAAAAUCUUGAAUAAAGUGAAAAAGAU